AUGCCGGGAGAUGGAGCAGUGCCGUCAUCCCCUCGCGCUCCUCCCUCGCCUUCGCCGCUUGUCGUGCCCAGCUCGCCAGCUGCCGCACCCUCAUCACCUUUAGGUCCUCCGUACCGUCACAUCAUCUNNACUCAGGCCACUAUUCGAGCGCCUGUAUUUGGCAGACCCACCUCUCGCGACUCGACUUCGAGUGCUGCUCCAAGACCCAGUGCUACUUCAAGACCGAGUUAUACCGCUCCUUCGAGGCCGACCUUCUCGGCCCCUGUUCAGAUGGCCACUGGCCAAUACUCUCACCUUCCACAAUCCUUACUACGAAGCAUGCGCGAGUCUUUCGAAGUCUUGGAUAGCUCGAAUACUGGCACCAUCACCUCUGCCAGUGUGGCCGAUAUGUUGCAGCAAAUGGGCAUGGACUCUUCGCCCAAGGCUGUAGCAGCCUUCUUCCCUCCGAACACGCCCUCCACAAUUACCCUCGGUCGAUUCCUGGAUUUGUUAUCUGCCCCGCUAGCAGAGCUCAGCGAGCCAUCCGAGCUUGCUGCCGCAUUUGCUGCUUUUGAUGUUGACGACAGCGGUCAAAUUGACAAGCACGAGUUGAGGGAUGCUCUGCUCAACACCGCUCCAGAGCCAGGGGUUGAGAAUGUGCGUUUGUCAGAGCAUGAGAUCGAUGCCAUCAUGAGCCAGUUUUCAGCGAGGAGGGCAUUUGGUGCCAAAGGUGUCUUUGGCAAGGAGCUGGCUGGGGGUGACAGAAAAAGAGGCGAAGUUUUCAGAUAUAGAGACUUUAUCUCGAACAUCUCAGGUAGUGGAGGUGCUGAGAGCGCCGAGCAGAUUGCUGCGUGA